UUAGUUUCUGCCAUUUUAAAAUCCAGCAUCAACCUGCAGAAUAACCACAUCAUUCAAAAGUAUGGCUGUGAGAAAGUGGGCUUGACACAAGAGGAAAUGAAAACAUUUCACUUUCCACUACAAGGUUCUCCUGACUGUGAAAACUUUAUCCUUACCAAGUGUGAUGGUUCCAUAACAGAUAGUAGUCCUCUCUUUGGACUUGACUCUGAAAUGUGCCUUACAUCCAAGGGGAGAGAACUAACACGCAUCUCACUGGUUGCUGAAGGAGGCCAUUGUAUUAUGGAUGAACUGGUUAAACCUGACUUCAUGAUUCUGGACUACCUUACUAGUUUUUCAGGAAUCACGAAGAAGAUUCUUAACCCAAUGACAACCAAACUCAAAGAUGUACAGAAGCUGUUAAGAGAACUGCUUCCUCCUGAUGCUGUGUUAGUGGACCAUUCCCUAGACUUGGAUCUCAGAGUAUUGAAAGUGAUACAUCCAUAUGUUAUUGAUACCUCAUUGCUUUAUAUCUGGAAGCAGGGCAGAAGGUUUAAGCUAAGAUUCUUAGCCAAAGUUAUUUUGGGGAAGGACAUAUAGUGCCCAGACAAGCUUGGUCAUGAUACCAUAGAAGAUGCUAGAACAACUCUUGAAUUAGCUCGGUAUUUUCUUAAGUAUGGGCCAAAGAAGAUAGUUGAAUUACAGGUGCUGGCUCUCACUAAUCAUAAAGAACUGAGAGCAGCUAGUCAAGCAUCAGGAAACCAGGGAGCAGCUACUAAGCACCCAAAUAUGAGUGUUUUAGACUGCCUGGACUCAAUGGGUCAUAAACUCCUUUUCUUGACUCGGGAUAUAGAUGAGCUUUCUUCUUCUAGAAACUGUCAAACUAUUAAGUGUUCUUCAAAUAAAGAGGUAAAUGAUCUAUUCCAAGUGGAAGUCCCUUUGUUUCCCUUCAACAGUGUGCAGCUCUCUUCUGAACCCUCACCCAUCUUUGCUGAGGAGCUGAAGAAAAGAACGAAGACCAAGUGGACAGAGAUGUCAGCUGUCUAUGUUGGGCCAUUUUUCAAAAAUUGUAACAUUGGGGCUGUGAAGAAGACGUUUAACAGCUUGGGCCCAGUCCAGUCAAUAACUCUUGUUCUUGAAACUUCUAGGCCUUACUUCUGUAUACAGUAUGAAGUCCUGGAAGCUGCUCAGCUGGCUAUAGAAACCACGAAUGGCAUUCUGGUAGAAGGUCCCUACAUCAGGGUGCACAGGCAUGUGACAGAAUUCACCCUUGAGUGUGACACCCUUAUGCAUGAGCUUGCUCAAGAUUCUGAGAACCAAGCUACUAUAUAUGUGGCUGGAUUAGGUGAAACUUUUAAAGAACACCUGUUGGAGCACUCCAGCCUCUUUCCUGACCUGGAAGCUGUGAUCCUGCCUAAAGAUGUUAAAACAAAAAAAAGAAAAAACUACUGUUUCUUGAAGUUCACAACUCGUGACAGUGCCCAGGUAGCCCUUGAAAUUCUCAAAGGCAAGGACUGGAAGUUGAAAGGCAGAUAUGCCCUAACCCCUAGGCACCUCCAGGCAUGGCUCAAGGACAUACAUCCUGAACCAGCAAUGCCUUCAGGAUUUGGACUAGUUCCGCCUCUCUUGGAGAAGCAGACUCUGAAGGAGAACCACCCAAAGAUAGUAGCCUGGCGCUGUGACUAGAGGAUUGAAAAGCUCUACCACAGCCUGAGCCCAGGCACCCUCUGCCUCAUCCUGCCUGGAACUAAGAACACUUUUAGAUCACACCCUGGCUUAGGACUGAUGAAAAUAAAGGAGGAAGAAGAAAGUGACAUCCCAGGCCUGGGAGUGUGAGUCUCCCCACACUUUUCCAUAUAGAGAAUGUGACUAGGCUACAGCCCCUUCAAGAGGAUGACAGCUUUUCCAUCUAGCAGACAGCUAUGGUAAAAAGUUGGGAUACCAGCUGAAGUAUAUUGUCAUGUGCAAAAUUUCAAUAAAUGCCUAAAACUCAAAACAUUUCUUCCUCUUAAGACAUAAGAGGGAAAAUGA